AGAAACCGGAGAACGGUUUCGAACGUAACUUCAGCUACCAUAACCAUAAAUGAAGUGCGAGAAGAAAUCAGCAAACAGUUUGAACAACUCAUGCCUACCAAGUACUGUCAGUCAAAUGAGAAAGUCUGUCCUGCAGGUCCCCCAGGAUAUCCUGGUCCCCCUGGAGCGAGGGGACCAAAGGGAAAGAAAGGUCCUCAAGGUCCCAUGGGACCUCCUGGAAAAUCCGGAAAAACAGGACUAACGGGUCCUGCAGGACCGAGAGGAGAAAGGGGAGAUAAAGGAGAGCCUGGGCCAAAAGGCAUGCCGGGACCACCUGGAAAGCCUGGAAAAUCGAUAUCUGCUCCACAAGUGAUGUUGUCACCUGUAGAGCGGACACGAGAUGAGGGAGGAAAUGCGACUUUUUAUUGCACGGUUGGAGGAAAUCCUACUUCUAGUGUCGAAUGGCGAUUCAAAGGCAAAAAGCUUUUGUCAGGUGCAAAGUAUUUGAUUAAGAAAGGAGAGUUAAUAGUCAAAAACAUAAAUCACAGCGAUGCUGGAAAGUACGCAUGUGUCGCGACAAGUAUUCUUGGAUCGUCUGGGGCCAGUGGAAAUUUGACUGUUAGGGAUAAGGAAAAAACUAACGCUGUUUUCUAGGAAGAGCACAAUUCAUUGUCGCAAGAAACUACCGUUAGUGCACCCUUGAUAUCAUUCGUUAUGGUCAGGGGCAGAUUAAUACUCUCCUGACUGUGGUCGUCACUAUCUAAUAGUACAAUAAUUAAAGUAAGUCAGGGGAACAAACGAAAGCAGCACUUCAAAUAGGAAAAGAGUAAUUAAAAUUAGAUAAAAUAGGCAAAUUGUGAUCGUGCCUGAGGCUUUUUAGCUGAUAGUGUUGUAACUUCAUUGAUUACACUGACUCAUGAAAAUUGAGCCGAGUCCACUUGUGACACGACACAGAGCCCAAAAAAGGAAAAAAUCCAGACAAUAACGGCUGGAAAAUGUAAUGUGGAGCACGUCUACUGUAAAAGAAAAAUAAACGAAAAAGUAACUGUUAAGAGGAGCUUUGAAUUUAACCUGAAAAAACAGCAGACAUUUCGCGACCGGUUUCCCCGCGAAAUGACGUCUGAGAAACGAGACAGGGCAGAAACUCUAAACUGGUGUCGGCUGUAAUGGGCGUUGAAAUUAUUACUGCCAUCAUCAUCAUCAUCGUCGUCGUCAUCAUCGUCAUCAUCAUUGUCGUCUUCGUGAGCAUGGUCAUCAUCAUUCAAUUUAUGAUUUUCACUGAUUUUCAUUUUUCUUUUCGUCUUUCAGGUCUUCCGAUCUUUACUAGAGCACCCCCGCUUCUGGUCACAAAAAUAGAAUUCACCUCAAUACAAGAAACUUGCAGGGCAGAAGGAUUUCCGUCCCCCAAGGUAACCUGGGUCAGAGUGAUUAUGUCUUUUCCAGCUAACAGAACCGAGGUGAAGUCGGGUAACCUCACUAUAAGUAACCUGCGUCGAGUGGACAGCGGUUUGUACCAAUGCAUAGCAACAAACAGCAUGGGAAUAAGAAAGGCCACCAUGAACUUGAUUGUACAGCAAGAAGGUUUGUACGUCUAUUUUAUCAGUAACCCGGAAAAUCUUCCGAGAUUGAUCAAAAUAGUCAAAGUAUAUUAGCUAAAGAUUCACAUUAGUUUGUUUAUAACAAUUGAAAAUCAUCUUGAGAGCGUGCAUCGAACGACUUCAGUUGCAGAUCUUUUUAAAAUAAGUGGUGAAGUUUACUUAGGCCUGGUUCCAUUAAUUUUAAAUAAAGAUUGUAACGUUUUCUAUGUCGUUCUAUAUAUUUUCUCUAUUAGGUUAUUAAUAAAUUAUGUUUUUGCUAUUCAUAACUGUUUAAAUCAAUAAAUCUCUAACUAAACUAUUUUGCAGAUCUAGAUAAGUCGUUGUAUAUAACUCACCAACUCUCCUAAAUCGUUCUUGCUGAUUGUCUCUCCGUUGAUGAAGCCGUCUGUUAGGUUAUUGCAUUUGUUUUCAUCAUUUAGUAAGUAAAUGAAAGUAUUUUUAUUAGUUAACUCAUCAUGGGUACUUUUACCCUGUUCUGUUUCUUAUAUAUCUUUAUAACUGCUUACGGUUUCUGGUUGUCGCCGGUUCUUGUUUCCAGCCUGUUAUUACAGUCCAUGCCUUAAUGGAGGAACCUGUCAUGAAGAAGGCGGAGGAAACUACAGCUGUGAAUGUAGAAGUGGCUGGACUGGAAAACGGUGUGAAGUUCUAAUGGGUAGGUACUUCCUUAAAAUAACAGCAUCCACAGUUCGCUUUAAAUAAUUGUUGAUUCCCACCGGCAUCGUUGUCUCACUACAGGCUAUCGCUUAAAAUUCAGUUGGGUUGAAAAAAGGUGAACAUGUUACCGAGUUCCCUUCCGUAGCCCAAACCCCAUUGCAAAAUUCACUGGAUCGUAUGAAGAUGGAAAGGAUUCUCGCAGUUGAAUAAACAACCUAAACGAUUGAACCCUGGCCUGACCGAACGCAACGCUCGUUACAAUCCAGUAAGCUAAAUCAUGCAAGCCAACUCGAGAGCAGGCCAUUGUGGAUUCUUCAGUAAUAUACCCGAUGCAGGAAUACAUAACAUACAUACAUUACCUUAGUUUACUUAUCCUCAGAUUUACAUGAGUGGAAAUAUAUGAAAUGACUCAUAUUUUAAACUGCGUCCGGUUAUCGCAAAGGUCAGGAUUCGAUCGAUUUUCCCAGUCAAGCCUUAAUUUUUUCAGGUUCUUUUUCAACCACUUACAAUAGGCUGUUGUCCUGCCUAGAUUAGCAUUAUAACUAUUUGCAGCACAUAAGUAUUGUAAAUUAAAUGUUAUGUUCUUUAAUUAAACACAUUGUUGUUGUAAGUUGUUGUUUAUUCAACUGUAUGUGAGAAUCAUUUCCACUUUCAUAUCUUCAUCCGGAGUUCACCAUAUGAGUCAUUUCGUAUACAGCUGUUUCGAGAAAGGUUGUCGGAAAAAGUGCACGCAACCAUCCCGAAAGGUAUUGUGGGUGGUUUUGAGUUCACUGUUCUUCAAAGAAAAUUGGAAAAAUGGCACGAGAGGUCAUGGACUCAUGUUUGAAAGUGGUAAAGGAAAGCAACAAAACUAAGUUCGACAGCUACACUAUCAGGAACAGUGUAUUGAUAAUCGGAUGAUCCCAUAUACCUUUCGGGAUUGUCGCGUGCACAUUUUUCUCCGACAACCUUUCUCGAAAUAGCUGUAUUUCCAUUCAUGUUAACAGGAUCGUACUGGCGAAAUGCUACCGCGGGCAAGAUUCCUUCUAAAAUCGUAUAGUUUACGCUUAAAAUUGAUCAAAAGGAAUGACACUUGCAAAUGAUUUGUAAAUAAGUUUCUCCUUAAUUUGUGUAAACUGUAUAUUUUUACUAAAGUCUGCGAAAGAAUAGAAAAGUUUUUUUUUUAAAUUUUUAUAGAGAUGUACGUUAUACUAGUCGAAGAUGAUUUGGAUUGAUUUGGAUUUGGAUUGUAGCAUGUAAAGCUGUAGAGGUAACGGACCCAAAAAAGAUACCAGAUGCCACAAUGACGGCAAGCACAGUUUACAGUUCGGGUUAUCAACCGUACUACGGAAGGGUCAAUACAAAAAGAGGUAACCAAAGAUGGUGUCCAAGGACCACUAGUGACAGGACAGACUAUCUUCAAGUUGAUAUGGGCGUAGUGCAUUCUGUUUGUGCAGUAGCCACGCAAACUUUAAACACUGGCGAGUAUACCCAAACGUAUUACCUACGACUUUCAGUGGAUGGAUUAACCUGGAACACGUACGAGGAGAACAAAGCGAAAAAGGUAAACUAUAACUAA